GACAACCGCCUGGAUACAAGGGAGACAAGGGAAGUAGCCAUUGGCGCUGCAAUAAGAAAAGGAAAUCUGCCACUUGUCGAGUUCAUCAUGGACGCCCGCUGGGGUCCCCCCGACUUCUUUUCGAGCGCGCUUUGCGUGGAAGAAAAUUUGAAGCCGGGAACUUUGGCGAGUCCACUGGCGGACUUUGUCUCUCGACUUUUCGCUCUGUUCGCAUCCUACACGUCGACGGGAUAUCCCAUUGAGAUUCAUCCACCGGAUGAUUACCGUAUCUUGUGCUAUGCCGCGUUCCAUAAGCCCCAGCGCGCUGAUGUAGUGGAAUGGGUACUGGACCACGGCACUUUGGAAUUUCGAGAACUUGUA